AUGGAGCGCAGAGGACAGCUAUGGUGUGUUGGAGGACUGCAUGGGAGCGUAGCAGGAAACGACAUCGGUUUUACCUCACCGAUGUCUUUUAUGGAGAUGUAUGGAGCUUGGGCUGGGCCUCCUUGGAUGCGGCUCGUGGACUAUGUUAGCACUACUAUCAUGGAGCGCAGAGGCCUGAUAUGGAAUGUUCUUCCCAUCUGCAAAGGGAGGGGAGGGAUGGAGGAUGUCGGAGAAGGGGAUAGGGGAACCCAGAUCUUCCAGAGGUUGCUGUGGUUCCUUCUUCAUUCUGGGUUUAAGAUUGUGCUCAAGGAUUAUACAUUGCUAGGACAGGCAUCGACCUUCUACAAAUUGGUUAUUAUCUGGUUGAUGGAUUUUGUUGGUGGGUUUAAGAUGCCUCUGCCAUCAACCUGCCCUAUGAAAUUUGCAUGCAUUCCAGAACAUUUUGUCGAUGAUGCUAUGGACUUAUUGGGGAUAACUUUUGGAAUUCCAGAGGUUUCUAAAGUGGUUGCCUUGGAUUUCUUGAAUUUCAUAAUUAUGUUCAUGACGAGCAAUGCUUAUGUUAAGAACCCUUAUCAGAGAGCUAAAAUGGUUGAACUACUAAAUCGUUGGAUACCAAACAAAAGUGGGCUUUCUGCUACUCUUUUUGAAGGACACCGGUUGUCCCUUGACUAUCUUGUUAGAAAUCUUCUUAAAGUUUAUGUUGCACAUACACUGAUUGUUAGGGAGGAGAAUAAAAUGCAUUUGAAUGUUUUGAAUUUGCUUAUCAAUGAUAGUAUGUAUCUUCUUGAUGAGAGUUUACAAAAAAAUAUCCAUCAACUCAAAGAAAUAGAAGUCGAAAUGACAAAUUCUGCAUAA